ACGUGGGAUUUGAUGCAACGAACGGAGGCACUCGACACCUCGAGCAGCAGCGUGGUGCUGCCCGCUUUGCGACCAAGUGCGACCUUGCACGAGGCGGAUGAUGGAUCGUCCAACGUGCUCGUCGCGUCGAUGCUUGUUGCGCUUCUCGCGUUGCUCGUCGUAGCUGCGCUCCUCGUCCGCCGACGCCGCCGACAACGCACCCGCGCGGCAAGUGUCAAGUGUCUCGACCUGCCGUACGGUUUGAACCUGCCCGUGCUCUCGCCGCCGCGCCAAGCGUCUUCAUUGGAGAUGUACGAGUGGGUCGGCAGCACUGCGUCGCCCAUGCUCGCCAUCCCCGAGCACGUCCUUUGCAGCAUGAACGACCGCCUCGCGCCGUUGUGA